UGACCAAUUAUAUAACAAGUUAAAGUAACAAAAUUCAAAGAAAAUGUGUCAUUGUAUACACACUUAAAACGGGUUAUCGAGCUUGACAUAGCGAAAUGCCGAAUUAGAUCGCCAACACGGUUUUGUACUAAUUGUCUAGUUAUGCAAAUGCUCUUCCAAAAUUCGUUAAAAUUAUAUUCUGAUUUUGCCGUAGUUUGGCAUCAUAAUUUUCUGAACAUAUCAGUAAAUAAUUAAUGCACCGACCUCAGCAAGUGCGUUUGCCGAGACUUCGAACAGCGUUCUUGCUGGAAUAUUUCCAUUUGAGAAUCACAACAAAUGCGGCAAGGAUGCUUCGAUUGUUCCGUCUGUGGUACCGACAAGCACAAACCAAUAAACAUCACCAUGCGGCGAGCUUAUCAGCACUGACCAGCAGAGUUCAGUUACCUGGCUGCGAUCUGCUGAUCUGCAAAAUUCUUAUCAUCCGAUCUGCCACAGCUGUAAGUAAACCACCAAGCAAACAGUUCUUCAUGUGAUUCGAUCGAGUAGACAACAUUCGGUUCGACUGACAAUGGUCAAUCUGUGGCCGAUUCUAGUCGUCGCACUGUCCACGCUGACUGCUGGUGGUUUAGCAUUUUUUACCGAUGAGCGCCAUGGUGAUGCUCCGUUCAACGAUCAGUUUCUGAGUCAGGUGUUGGAACACGCGAAAACGUGGACUCCGGAUACAUCAUUUCAAGCGGGAAUUUAUUUUAGAACCUUCCGCAACUUGGAUGGUAUCUAUCAAAGUCCGUUGGAUUUCACACUGCCAACGAAGCGGCACCAGGAAGCAUAUGAUGUAGAGAUUCCGAAGCAGUUCGAUGCCAGAGAGAAGUGGCCAAACUGCAAAUCAAUUCGGGUAAUUCGAAACCAAGGCACAUGUGGAUCAUGCUGGGCUGUGGCGGCCGUCAGUGUGAUGUCGGAUCGGUUGUGCAUACAUUCAGGAGGGAAGCUGGAUGUGGAUUUGGCCGCGGAAGACCUUAUGGCAUGCUGCAAAGAUUGUGGAAAUGGAUGCAACGGAGGAUAUCUCGAUGGAACGUCGUUUCAGUACUGGGUGGAUGCUGGGCUGGUGAGCGGUGCGCCAUACAACAGUACAGACGGUUGCAAGCCCUACCCAUUCAAACCGUGCGAAUAUCCCUUCAACGAUUGUCACAAAGAGGAAUCUCCACAAUGUUCGCAUCACUGCAUACAGGGAUACGAUGGCCGAUAUAAAAAGGAUAAAUUUUACGGCAGCGUGGCCUACAACAUUCCGAACGAUGAGCGUAAGAUCCAACUGGAGAUUAUGACCAACGGACCGGUGGAGGCCGGUUUCUCCGUGUAUGAAGACUUGUUCCUGUACCGGAGUGGCGUCUACAAACAUGUCACUGGGAAGCAGGUCGGCAAGCACGCAAUCCGGAUCAUCGGCUGGGGCAAAGAUCGUGGCGUACCGUACUGGCUGAUUGCUAACUCGUACGGUUCGGAGUGGGGUGAACACGGUUACCUCAAGAUGUUGCGAGGAUCGAACCACCUGGGCAUCGAGGAAAAAGUGAUCGCCGGAUUGCCGAAAGUGUAGUGAAAACGGUUGAUGUUGAAGAAAAAAAAACGUGGAAUUGAAUAAAAGAUUUUUUGCCAACAAAAGUGUUUUAUAUGAUAAUAGAUCUCUUGCACAAGAUCUGGUCCUAUAGUAAAGUUAUUCAACCCUUAAACGCGCAUGAGGUUUGAAAAAAAAAAUGUUCACCGACAGUGACAGUAGGUUCUGAAAGAUGCUUUUUAUAAACAAUCAACAAUAAUUUGUAGUUAUUUUAUUUAAUGAAGAAAUCGUAGAUUCACACGUUUUCCGAUAUUUCGUCAGAAAAAAAACUGCAUAGUGCCAAGCGAAAAUGUUAAACGUAAAUGACAGUUGUCUUGCCGACUUUCAGCAAAAGCUAACACAUAUUUCGAAGUUUCGUUAAACGCAUUUCCUGAUUUCAGGAUAAUUGUUAAUUACUGAUGAGUUCAGCAAAAGCACUUUGCCAGUAUUAUAUUUGAUCGGAAAUGGUUCUACAGUUUUUCAAAAUAUUCCCCUAGAAGAUCAAUACACUUUUGCAUACGCUUGAACCAAUUUUCAUAACCGUUUUUUUCCACUCUUCUAAAGGUCCCCUAAAACAUGGUUUUUGAUC